GUUAAAGACUGCAUUCAUGCCGUGCUCAAGGAAGAACUGGCGAACGCUGCAUAUUCUCCAGAUGAAAUCCCUUAUCUCACAAAACAUCUAUCAGAAGUCAUUAAAGAUAAACUGAAAGAAUUGGGAUAUGAUCGGUAUAAAAUGGUGGUGCAAGUAGUGAUUGGAGAACAGAGGGGUGAAGGAGUAUUCAUGGCUGCUCGCUGUUUCUGGGAUGCAGACACGGACAACUACACUCACGAUGUUUUCAUGAACGACAGCUUAUUCUGCGUUGUAGCAGCAUUUGGUUGUUUCUAUUAUUGAAUCUUUGGGAAGAGUGACUGUGACUUUGAAGAAACCUCAGCUUUUUAUACUGUUAAAUAUCCUGACCAAAUAAAAAUAAGUUGGCACUUUGGUGCCUAAAACUGUUGUUUUAGGGUUUUUAUGUUUAAUGAUUUGAUUUUAUUAUGCUAUCUGUGUUCUUACUACAUUUGGAAAAAAUAUAGAGAAAAAGAAGAGGGGAAAAUUCAUUUUAAUAUUUCAGCCAACUAGAUAUUUGGGUGUAAUUUCUAUUCAUUGUUCUUUAUAAGAUGUAAAAAGAAAAAAAACAUAUAAAAUGUAUUGUUUUCUUCACCCCUCAUGUCAUGAAUAGUUUUUAUACUGUUCUAGUUUUUAUGACUUUCAUGAUAGCUUGUAUUUUUAUACCAUUAGGUAUAAUGGACCAUUUGUGUUCAGUCCUUUCGUUAUUGAAGGACUAAUUUCAAA